GAGAAGGAGGAAAUAAACCAUCGCAACACGAAAGCCCUUCAGCUGUCAUCACAGAGACAGAUUACCCAAAUGCUAGAACUCAAAACAGACAUUCGUUCGAACAAAAUGCUCCAUCAACUUCAACAGAAAAAAACUUACCAUCGCAAGUUCGAAGCCCGCUUCCAACUGUCAACACAACCAUAA